AUGGCACUGCGCGUCACCAGCGGCGGGCUGCUAUUCGCCGUGGGCUCUGUUCUUAUUCUUAUCUACGUAUUGGCAAGGCAAAUGCCUGGCCGGCGGAGCAUGGCUGCAACUGCUAUGCUGCUAGGCAGCAGCAGUUGGGGAAUAUUGCGCUGGCUGACCGGCUAUUGGCUUCCAUCCGGCUACGCACUUCUGCACAACCGCUUGCUGCUAGCUUACCUGGUGGUCAUGGGCUUGCUUGGAGCUGCGGUCACUUACAUGUACGGCGGCGUGGAGAACACCAGGCUUAACACGGUGUUGCGCGUUGGGCUGCAAUUGUUUGGAUUCCUGCUGAUCUACAUGGGGACUUGGACCUGCUCCUCGUUGUACGCAGCAGUUGUGGCCGUGGCGCUGCUACAUCGGUGCACGACAGCUAUCAACACGGCGCUUAAACGGCGCUCGGCGCAGAACGCGCUGAACAAGGCGCAAACGGCAUCCCAGACACGGGCAGGGGCGGAGUUCGAAGAGAAGUUACCGAUGACGCCGACGGGUCCUUCGUGGGCGCAGCAGUACGCUCAAUCACCGCUGGGAGACGUCCCAUUGGCGGAUGGGGACGUAGUGGCCCGAGUGUCACCCCUGCCCCAGACGCCUUUGUCGUUGCAAUUCAUGUCGGGUUCCGCAUCGGUUAUGGCAUUGGAUCAGUUUGAUGACUGCGUCCCUACAGGCCUUAUCAGAGGCCCUGGGAACAAGAUGAUUGUUAUCGGUGGCGAGGAAUAUGAAGAGCUGAUCCAAGAAGGCAGGCCCUGGCUGACUAUCGAGGACCAAGCGCCGAAGCGGCCGGUGGAGCAUACACUUACACGCGAGCUUGGUUGCUCGCCGGUAACUGCUUUCCAACCCAGCACCAGAGAUCGUGCGCUCAGCCACUUUUUCACGGCGACCAUCAUGGGUGCGCAGUCCUGGCAGGAGCUUGAGGCGCUUGCUCGUGUGCACUCUUCGUCCUUCAACCACGUUCAUGUUAGCGCUCUCGUCUGCCGAUUGCCCAAGGUGGUGAACCCUGUGGAGCUAUCUAAAUCCGAAAAGACCCAGUUCAGCCGCUUCCUCCGGGACGUGUCUGACCUUGUAACCAUACGACUUAGUGCCUUUGACCCCCGGGCUAUCGCCAACGUCCUCUGGGGGGUUAGCAAGCUUGGUUACAGCCCGGCGCCACCCACCUUAAACAAAUUCUUGUUCGAGGCAUACGUGCGCAUGUACGAUUUUAACGCACAGGAGCUGGCCAAUCUGGCAUGGGCGCUGGCAACCCUUGCAUCCCUCGGCAAUCGGCCAGUGCCGAUGUGGCUGCGCAAGUAUACAUUGGCAGCUGUACCCCGGGUUUUGGACCUCAAGCCGCAAGAGCUUGCACACAUGGUGUGGGCGCUGUCAAAACUCUUCCCACCUGCAACAGCGGUUUCUGCGAACCCGCCGGAGCCGUCCGCGCUUCUGCCUAGGGCUGCAAGGGCGUCAACAGGCGGCAGCACCGCAAACGAGCUACAGCUAACCACGCAGACAGCGAGCAGCUCCUCUCACGUCGCAGCAUCCCACGAAGAUGUCAGCAAUCGCAGCCAUCUACCUGCAUCUCCACCAAGCCCGUCAUCACCUAACGGUCCCGGCAGCAGUGCUAACCCCCGAGGGAGCGCCAGCAUGGAGCCGCGUAACACGGCCACCCUUUCACCCCAGGACCUUGCCAACUUGUGGCAAGUGCUCGGCAAAUGCGCUGCAGACAGUGUAUUGGGCUUGGAGCUGCGGCUGCCAGAGAACAGCGGCCACAGCUCUUCUAGUGGCGGCCGCCGUUCUGGAUCCGCUGGGCGUGCUGGUGUGGUCGUACCAGCUGCAGACAUUGCUGCGGCUGACAUUGGAAAAAGGACGCCAGCGGCGGCCCGCACCGCGCCCUGCACUAUGGAGCCUCGGUUGGGCCGGCACCAGCUGCACGCUCUUCUGGACGUGACAGUGCGUGCCCUGCACGGCUUCACGGCGCAGGGCCUGUGCCUGGUACUCUGGUCAUGGGCGCGGCUGCGCCUGCAGCCGAGUGGCAGCGUAACGGAGGCGGUCUUUCAGCGCUUCAGCAGGGUCCUGCCGGCGCAGUCAACGUUCCAGUGCAUCGCCAUCUCGCAAUGGGCCGCCGCGCACCUUGGGCUGCGUCCGCCACCGCCCACCAUGGCGCUCUUCAUGUCCUGCGCUCGGCUGCAGGCGCCAGCCUCAAAGGUCAGUGAACUGAUGGCGUUGCUGUGGGCACUUCAGCAGAUGCGUUACCGGCCCAACAAGGAGCUCCUAAACGCAUUUAACGCCCGGCUGCGCGACUCGGCGGAUAAGCUAUCAGCGGCUAGCCUGCAGCAAGUAUUUCGCGCUUAUGCUGUGUUUGGAUCGCCUGUGCCACGCGAGAUCCGCAAUCGUGCGCUGGAUGUGCUGACAGCAGUCCCAGUGGACGCUCGGGUUGCCAACGCAACAGUCCCUGCUGCUGACGGGCUUGCGCCAUUGUCGACUGCUGGGCUGACACCGUCAGCAGAAGCAGCGGCUGCAGCAGAUGCACCAGAAAAAAAGUCCGGUGCGCCAGGCGAAGCUCCAACGGCCUCGGUGCCGAUUCCAUGGUUGCUGGAGCGACCGCCUUGCGCAGCCGUGCGCUACUUCGCCACCUUGGCAGGGCUGGGUAUGGGAAUUCGGCCCGACGAUGCACGGCGCCGUCGCGUCUCGGAAAUGCAAGUUCAGCUCCUGCGAUGGCGGCUAGAGGCCAGCAGUGAGCUUCGCCGCUCCCUCCGAGCCGCCAUGGAGGGCGCGGUGCGGGGCCGGCUGCACGAUCUGGAUGCAGAUGCGCUUUGCGUAUUAAUGUCCACCUUGGUCCGCUUGCAUGUGAAGCCCGGUGCGUCUUUCCUGCGGGAGUAUUAUGAGGAAGUUGCGGCUCGGGUGUGUAGAGGUGGCCUGGCGCAUUGGCAUGUAGGCUGGCUGCUGGCGUCGCUAGGUCGACUGCAUGUGCGGCCGCCGCCGGAGCUGCUGGCACGGCUGCUAGCGGCGCUGGGACCGCACCUGGCGGGCUUGACCGAUAGCCAGCUCCUGAGCGUUGUUCAGGCGCUCGCACGGCUCCGCUUUCGACCAUCAGUGAUGUGGAUGCGGAGCUACUUCGCAGAGUGCAUGGCACGGAUCGACGUGUGGCCGGCGGCCGGCCUGGGUGUGUUUUUACGGAGCCUCGGAGUUCUAGGGCUACGGUUGGGGACUUCCUCCUGCCGGCAGCUGCAAGUGGUGGUUUACCGUCGGAAAGGGAGGGCAGCUGGGAGUGAGCGGGCUGCCGCCACCCGCCGGGCCCCCAAGAAGGGUGCGGCGGCCAGGGAAGAGGAUUUGAAGUCAAGCCUGUGCGCUGUGUGCUCGGAACUCUCGGGAUGCGCUAUUUGA